AUGUCUUCGCCGCUGCCCUUCCAGCCUUCCUCGCCAGAGUCUGGCAAUGGAAUACGUCGCAAGUCCCAGUUUACGUAUAGGCAGUUGGCACAACUUGCGCUGUCGUCGACAACAUGCCCUCUGAGAGUUAUCGCACACGUCGAUCUUGAUGCUUUCUACGCGCAGUGUGAAAUGGUGCGAUUGGGCGUCGCGGAAGACCAACCAUUGGCUGUUCAACAAUGGCAGGGUCUGAUCGCCAUCAAUUAUCCAUCUCGCGCGUUCGGUCUCACUCGACACAUCACAGUCACGGAAGCGAAGAAGCUCUGUCCCAACCUCAUCCUGCAGCAUGUUGCAACUUGGCGGGAAGGGGAUGAGAAGUGGGCAUACCAUGAUGAUGCCGCGAAGAAUAUUGCUACGCACAAGGUCUCGCUGGAUCCGUACCGGCUGGAGUCUAGGCGGAUUCUGGCUUGUAUAAAGGAGACUCUUCCAGCAAACCUGCAAAAGGUAGAGAAGGCCAGCAUUGACGAAGUAUUUAUGGACCUGUCAGCGCAAGUCCAUGCGAUAAUGCUGGAACGAUAUCCUGAACUAUCUGUUCCUGCGCCAAACGAUGACCCAACGGAACACUUACCUUUACCUCCGACAACAGCCCUUGAUUGGAAAGCUGAUGCCGUGGUGGAUCUCGACACUGGCGAAAGAGAAGAGGAUGACCCUGAUUGGGAUGAUAUCGCGAUCCUAAUAGGCUCUGAGAUAGUAAGGGACGUUCGCGCUGCUAUUCGAGAGAAGCUAAAGUAUACUUGUUCUGGUGGGAUUUCGCGGAACAAGAUGUUGGCCAAGCUAGGCUCUGGACACAAGAAGCCAAACCAACAGACAGUGAUAAGAAAUCGAGCUGUGCAGCAAUUUCUGUCUGAUUUCAAGUUUACAAAAAUACGAGGCCUAGGAGGCAAGCUAGGCGAACAAGUGUCUUCAGCCUUCAACACUGAUACAGUCAAAGACCUGCUUCCUGUUUCUAUUGAGCAGCUAAAGCAGAAGCUUGGAGAUGAUACAGCUAUAUGGUUCUACCAGACGAUUCGUGGGAUAGACACAAGCGAGGUAAAUUCCAGGACCCAGAUCAAAUCCAUGUUAUCUGCCAAGUCAUUUCAACCCAGUAUCAAUACCCCAGAGCAGGCCAAACGCUGGUUACGAAUCUUUGUCGCCGAUAUCUUCUCUCGAUUAGUCGAGGAAGGAGUUCUUGAGAACAAGAGAAGGCCAAAAACAAUCAAUCUACAUCACCGUACGGGCGGUCAGACGAGGUCUCGACAAGCCCCUAUUCCUCAAGGGAAGAAGUUGGACGAGUCUGGACUUUUCAACCUUGCACAGACCUUGAUGGGUCAAAUCAUACUUGAAGGCAAUGCCUGGCCAUGUUCAAACAUUAGCCUUAGUGUUGGAGGAUUCGAGGACGGUGUUAGUGGGAACAUGGAUAUUGCGGGUUUCUUGGUGAAGGGUGAGGAGGCGAAGGCGCUUAACAUGAGUCCCCGAGAUUCCGAUACAAAACAUGUCAACCAAGGUAGGCGAGAGAAGCGUCGACGCAUUGAAUCACCGGGAGGGAUCAAAAGAUUCUUUGUCACGGCGGACAGUGUAGACGAGCACGAUGAUGACUUUGGAGCCCAACAACUACCCAGACCAGAUGCCGUCUUCACUGAAGGUCAAGAUGCGUAUUUGACAGAAUAUGGUGAGGUAGCGAGUCCUCAUGAGAACGAGACGGACAAUAAUCAGCAGAUAAAUGACACGCCUUUGUCUGGUUCACCGGCCCUUGGCCAACAAGGGCUUACCGGCUACAGUUGCAAUCGUUGCAACUCGAUUCUGUUAUCUGCAGAUGCCCUGCAGAGCCACCAAGAUUGGCACUUUGCAAAGGAUCUCCAAGAGGAGGAUCAUGGGCGCGCUGCUCAGGCCGUUAAACCAUCCGCGCCAAGCGGAGGCAAGCACGUUUCUCAAAGCUCAAGUAAGAAGAGGAAGAGUGGACACGGGAAAGCAGAGAAGGGGCAGAGGAAACUAGCUUUUGGAUGA